AUGAGCGGCGCUUACGCAGCGGGCGCAAAGUUCACCUAUAUCAAGGCCACCGAAGGCACCUCCUUCAAGUCCUCAUCCUUCUCGUCGCAGUACGACGCCGCCACGAACGCCGGUCUCAUCCGCGGAGCCUACCACUUCGCCCGACCCGACUCCUCCUCCGGUUCCGCUCAAGCCAGCUUUUUCCUCAAGAACGGUGGAGGCUGGUCGUCCGACGGACGAACCCUUCCCGGAGCUUUGGACCUCGAGUCCUCCUCCGGAGUUGCCACCUGCUACGGUCUCUCCCAAAGCCAGAUGGUCAGCUGGAUCUCCGAUUUUGGCAACACCUACCACGCCGCCACCGGUCGCUACCCUACCCUCUACACCGGCGCUGGUUGGUGGAACCAGUGCGUUGCUUCCAGCGCCUUUGCUAGCAACUACGCUCUUUGGGUCGCCAACUAUGGCGUUAGCUCGCCUAAGAUUCCUACGGGAUUCAGUUACUGGUCCUUCUGGCAGUACGCCGACUCUGGAAAAUACCGUAAGUAUUCGCUUCACGUAGACAGUGCUGAUGAUGAGCUGAGGACUGACAUGAUCUUGAUACACUGCGAACUACAGCCGGUGACCAAGACUACUGGAAUGGCUCCCUCGACAGCCUCAAGAAGUACGCUACCGGUUGAGCACCUUGCUUUAUCAACGAUGUCUUUGAUCGUCUCAUCGAUGGAAAUCCCUAACUCCCAUAAUAAUGUGGACUACUGCUCCUUGGAACGUGUCUGCGUGUUUCUAAAGCAUCUCAAUCUUUGA